AUGGCCUCAGAUAUGGAAUUUAUCGAGGCUCCCCCUCAGCGGGGGAAGUUGCGCAUCACUGCGAUCAUGCUGGCCCUGUCUUUAUCCAUGUUCGUCGCUGCACUCGACCAAACAAUCAUUGCGACUGCUAUUCCCACGAUUGCAGCUAAAUUUCACUCGGCUGCGGGAUACACUUGGAUUGGCGGUGCCUAUCUUCUGGCUAAUGCAGCCGGAUCCUGUAUCUGGGCUAAGCUGUCGGAUAUUUGGGGGCGCAAGCUUAUUCUGCUCAUCGCCGUUGCCUGGUUCUUUAUCAGUUCUAUUAUUUGUGCUGCAGCAGUUAAUAUGCAGAUGUUGAUCGCCGGUCGUGCGCUGCAGGGUAUUGCGGGUGGAGGACUCCUGCAACUGAACACGAUCAUCAUUUCUGAUCUUUUUAGUGUUCGCCAUCGGAGUCUCUAUCUGGGUUUGAUGGAGGUCAUGUGGGCUUUGGCUGGUGGUAUUGGUCCGCUGCUUGGUGGUGCAUUCUCAGAGUAUGUCUCGUGGAGAUGGAGCUUCUGGAUCAAUCCCCCCAUCUCGGGGCUCGCGUUCAUCCUUCUGUUCUUAUACUUGGAUGUGCACAAUCCCAAGACCGGAAUCGCGGAUGGGUUCAAAGCGAUCGAUUGGUUCGGAAGCCUGUCGGUCCUCGGCCUCACACUGAUGCUUCUUCUGGGCCUGGACUUCGGAGGCGAAACAUUUGCUUGGAGCUCGCCGCAGGUUAUCUGUCUGAUUGUGUUUGGGGCUCUGUGUUCCUUGCUUUUCAUCUAUAGCGAAAAGCGGCUGGCAAAGUACCCCCUCAUGCCACUGGACAUCUUCUCCCACAUCUCGAACGUCGCCACCUUGGCAGUCGGGUUUGCGCAUGGAUUUGUCUUUGUUGCGGGAGAAUAUUACAUUCCUCUUUACCUGCAGUCAGCCAAAGGGGCAUCCCCAAUGCGGUCCGGUGUCUUGAUUCUUCCUCUUGUUCUUGCUGAAGCAUUUUCAGGUUUGAUCACUGGAAUGAUCAUCCACCGAACAGGAAGAUAUCGGGAACUCAUCUGGAUAGGUUUUGUCUUGAUGACCAUCGGAAAUGGACUGUUGAUUCGCCUGGAUCCCUUUUCCUCUCUAGGAGAGAUUAUCGGGUACCAGCUGAUCUGCGGAGCCGGCGCUGGACUUCUUUUCCAAACUCCGAUCAUUGCUAUCCAAGCCAUGGUAUCCCAGGAUGACACCGCAACGGCGACGGCUACCCUCGGUUUUAUCCGUAACAUGGCGACGGCUUGCUCGAUUGUCAUCGGUGGUGUUGUGUUCCAGAAUAGUAUGGGAGAGAGAAAAGCGAGUCUUCUGGCUACUGGCAUGUCGGAGACCUUGGCAAAUCAGAUGACGGGUGACUCCGCUGAGGCGAACAUCGAGUACAUCAAAGACAUUGAGGAUCCUGCGCAGCUGCUGGCUGUUCGGGAAGCCUUCGCGUGGAGCAUGCGGAAUAUGUGGAUCUUGUAUACUUGCAUGUCAGGCUUGGGUGUCAUCUGUUCUUUCUUCAUUUUGAGGACUCGGUUGAGGGAAGAUCAUGUUGAGACUGUUACUGGGUUGAACCGUGAGAAGGAGCCCAUUGUUGAAAGGCUCCCGAUCCCGGCGGAAUAG